AUGACUGCGACGACAACGCCUCGAUACGACGUUGAACGAUUGAUCCUCACUUUCCACAGUCCGUGCACGAUUGGCGCAGUGGGUCUGAAUGGCCAGCUGGACUGCUCCCCUCCGUCAUAGCGCUCGCAUUCGAACACCUGUAUGAUGCACAAUGGCGCCGUUACCUCCCACCACUCAGACGCUCACCACCCGUCUGACCGCGCUGACAGAGUCGAACAAGUCUGUCGGACAGCUCAUACAGCGCCUUGCCAAAUUAGACUUCCAACCUGGGUCGCAGCCGCUGAGCAGUGACGAGGGGGAUGUACGCCUGGAAUUGAGUGCUGAGAUACACGAGACUCUGAAGAGUGUUGAAGAAGAGCUUGAGCUGCUGAGACAGGAAGUUGAGGACAUAUUACAGCAGAGUGCUGGAGUACUAGGCAAGAGAAGGGAUAGUUCAAAAGAAGGCGAACGCUCUAGACUAGCAGUGCUGCUUGCACGUUUGACAGAGGACUUGAAGUCGUCGAGAUCACAAUAUCGCAAAGCCCAACUCACAGCCAAACACAACGCCGAACGCGCAAAGCUCAAGGAACGAGAGCUGCUCUUCUCGAACCUGCAGUCCGGCGCCUCAACACCAUCUUCCACAUACCGCCAACGGAAACAGAACAAGGGCCUCGCCGAAGAGGAAAUUGUCGCCCAAGCCUCGUCCGACGUAACAGCUGCCCUCCGACGCACGCAUGCGUUGAUGCAAGACGAGCUCUCACGGUCCCGCUUCGCACAAGAAACACUCGAACAGUCCACAGCCGCGCUCGCAGAUCUGGGGGAAAAGUAUUCCGACCUCAACACACUCCUCGCGAACAGUCGAACUCUUGUAACGACGUUGCUGAAGAGUACAAAGAGCGAUACCUGGUACCUGGAAACCACAUUCUACAUCCUCAUCACGACCAUUAUCUGGCUGAUCUUCCGGCGCUGGCUCUACGGACCCCUGACCUGGUUUCUAAUCUGGCCGCUCAGGAUCCUAUUCCGCGUCGUCUUUGGCGUAUUCGGUCUGAGCAGCGCAGCAACCAGUAGUAAAUCCUCAAGCAUCGCUCUUUCGGAAACCAGCUCGAGUCUGAUCAUCAAACCGAGCGCAACAGGCGGCGCACCAAGACGUAAUAUCGACCCGGACGCCCCACCUAGGCAGAAUCAUAUCCGUGUUGGCGGCGGCGGAAGAGGGUAUCAUCACGGUGAUCCUAGUUCACCGCAAUCGUUGAGCCAGGAAGUGGGCAAGAUGGCGGAGCAGGCGCAGCAACAAGCUCAGCACGCAGAGCAGCAGGAAGAUGUGCACCCGCAGCUUAGGCAGAACAGACAGCAGCCUGAUGACGAGGGUCCGGUGGUCAGGGGUGAUGGUACGGUGUUGAAGGAGAGCGAUAAGCCGAGGAAUCCGAAGAAGAAGAUGUGGGAGGAGGAUGUGGAGAGGGAGAAGUUUGAGGCGCGGCAGGAGCAGCAGCAGGAGGGCGAGCGGAGGAAGAGAGAUGAACUGUAGAUCUGCAUGAGCAUGCCAUGAGAAAGGAAUCAACCAUUUAAUCACUGAUAUAUGCAUGCCGCCCCAACAGGUAGAUUGCAACAUACAAAGGGAUAUGCGUACCGCCAAC